GAAGUUAAUCUACAAGGAGAGUUUGAAGGAGUGAUGGCUAAGCCCACAGAAUAGAAGAGGGAAGGAAGCAUCAUAGCCUGCAGGCUCUAGUCAUAUCCUGAAAGUGCUUUCCUCUAACUCCAGGCUGCCUUCCAGCCCCUCCAGCAGCAGCCUGGACAGCUUGCUUGCUCAAGAGCCCUGACUUUGGGCACAGAGGAUGCCCUGGAGGCGGAAGUGAGCUUGCACACAUCAGAGAGUUAUCUGCAGCGCUGUACUUCUGUAUUCACUGAAGGGAAUUCACACCGUAUUCACACUGGAGGGAACUGGAAAAGGCUUUGUGUGUUUGCCACAGGUCCUGUGGUUCUCACUGUGGGAGCUUUUACUUGCCUCUGAACAGAAGUGGGAUUAAUUUGAGCUUUUAAGGAACUGCCUCAGUGACUAAGAGAUCUGGUUCCUACAGUCUGAGUCCUUCCGUGUUCCUGACUUCAGACAGACUGAAUUAAAAAGACGCUGCUUGGCAAACCUCCUGCUCCUUUGAGAAAAUAAUCCAUUUCUCCCACAGUGAGAUAUUUAUACACAGUUUCACUUGCUUUUUUGUUCUUUGAGGGUUGAAAGCUGCUGAGAGCAAGAAGUGUCCCUCCCUUCUUCAACUCCAGAAGACAUGAUUUACAGGAAAGUGUUGGGAUCCUUUGUUUGUCUGUUCGUUGUUGCUGCAUUUAUCUGGAUUAUUGUUGGGAACAGAAAAGUGCACUACCUCCCAUAUUACCUUCCCUGCCCUGAAAUCUUCUCUGUGAAGCUCCAAUAUACAGAAGCAAAACUAAUCCAGCUUUUCCCCCAAUUAUUUUAUCAGCAGCCAAGAGUGCUGGAUCCAAAGCGUCAGGAUGUGCUGACGGUUACACCAUGGCUGGCCCCCAUCAUCUGGGAAGGAACCUUCAAUUCUGAGAUCCUAGACAGUGCCUACAGGCCACUGAAUCUCACCAUAGGAGUGACAGCCUUUGCUGUUGGAAAAUACACGAGGUUCGUGGGUCGCUUCUUGGAGUCAGCAGAGAAGCAUUUCAUGAAGGGCUAUCGAGUGAACUAUUAUAUCUUCACUGACAAGCCUGAGACAAUUCCCCAUGUCCAGCUGCAGCCUGGACGAAGGUUUGUCAUCGUCCCCAUCAAGAAAUACCCCAGCUGGCAGGAGAUCUCCAUGCGCAGGAUGGAGGCCAUAAACAAGCACAUAGCAGAGACGAGCCAUCAGGAAGUGGACUAUCUCUUCUGCCUGGACAGUGACAUGGUGUUCCACAAUGCCUGGGGGCCUGAGACCCUGGGUGAUAUAGUAGCAGCCAUACACCCUGGCUAUUUCAAUGUCCCUCGAAGCCAGUUCCCUUAUGAGAGAAGAAGCUCUUCAGCAGCCUACAUCCCUGAUGGAGAAGGGGACUUCUACUAUGGAGGAGCCGUGUUUGGAGGACUGGUCAAGAAAGUGUAUGAGUUCACCAAGACUUGCCACAUGACCAUCCUGGCAGAUAAAGCCAAUGGGAUCAUGGCAGCCUGGCAGGAAGAAAGUCAUCUCAACAGGCACUUCCUCUCCAACAAACCCACCAAGGUGCUUUCUCCAGAGUAUUUAUGGGAUGACAGGAAGCCAAAGCCCCCUGUAAUUCACCUCAUACGUUUUUCCACAGUGGAUAAGAACUACAAAGAGAUACGAGAUUGACUCUGAUCCCUGCAGAGGUGUCUUCCCCAUAAUCAAACCCACUGAACAUUAACUCCUACAGACCAUGCCCCACCAUGAAUUUUAGUUCCCAGUGUGAACAGACAAAGGAACAUGUGGAUAGUUUCUCUGUAGAACAGGAGUCUUAAUGCUUUCCAGAAGCAGCAGCCAAAGUGGAGUUGAGAAUUAAAAUGUUUCCAGGUUCCUAAUCUUUGUAAAUACAAGCAUCCCACUUGAGGCUGCAGCACCCAAGAAAGGCAUCCAAAAGGCCAGUUAUCAAAUGCAAGGCUACCCUUACAGUAAGGCUGUGGAUGCCUUUGCCUGAGAGUUUUCCUGAGGCCUAGCAGAAACUUAGCAAGAUCAAAAUGGUAUUUGACAUUCCUGUGGAGAAGAUGAGCUAGAGUUACAGUAAAGACCUUUUCACUUAAAAAGAAACAAACAACUUUGUAAGGCAAUUCAUUUUCAUGCACUGUGAUUUAAACUUGCACCCUUUGUCAGGAUCAGGAGGAAACGUGCUUGGAGCAAGUUAUCCCUGAUUAAGAGGCAGCGGGAUUAGAUUUCUUUGACCUUUUCAGCAGAAAGCUGGUGCCAGCCAUUGCCAAUAAGAACCCUGGUCUGACAGGACAAACAGUGUGAAUGCAUGUAGCAGUUAUCUUCCAAAAUCCAAUCUGUGUUUUGGAGAAACACAAGUUUGGACAGAACUGGCACAGCUCAGACCCAGACUGAAAGUCUUGGGCUUUAUUUCCCUCACAGAUGUGCUCUGAACCUUUUCCCUGGUUCACAUGUCUCUGUAGAUCAUGUAAUCUUUUCCAACAGAGUAAAUAUGGUAUUGAGAGGUUCCUGCUCCAAUCCAUCACUUCAGUCUUUUCCAGCUUUUUGAAGCUCUGUGAAAUAAAUUGGCUAGAAGCUGCUGGAGCUGGCAGGAAGAGCUGAUGCAUUUCCAGCAAACAGGGCCAUUUCAUUUUAUAAUGGAACGCUCUAGUGAAACUCUGAGUUCAGUCUAGAGCUAGAAGUAGGCCAGGGUUAACAUCUUCUUUGCAUGAAUGUGAUGAGAAGCCUGAACCAGGCAUUUUGCAGCCUGACAGCUCACUUGGGUGAACAGGCCAGGGGAGUCCAAACACAGGGGAACAGCCACUGCUUGCCAACGACAACCGACUAAUUGUGAGCUGAGGUCACAGCAUGGAAGUCCCUGGGCCACCUCCCUUGCUGCAGCACAUGUGCCAUAAAUGUCUUCUCCAUUACCUCCCCAGGCAUCCUACCAAAGGGCUGUGCAAGCCUGUGCCAUGAUCAUUUAAAGUGAGCAGGCAGAGGGAGCACGGGGAGCAGCAGAGAACGGCGCUGCGCUAUGUGCAGAGAGGAGAAGCAGGGGUGAAAGGGCUAAGCUGGCUGUUUCUAAGGGAACAGCUUAAAGAAAGACAAGACAAAAAGGCUCAUUUGGCAGAGAGAGAGAAAAUGAGGAAGAGGUGUCUGACUGUUCUUGCUUCUCUUCACAUGAUGAAAUUGCUUUAUGGCAGCGUAUCAAGUAUUCAAAGCUUUAUGACCCCAGCACUGAUUGCAGAUAACUUAACGAGCCAUUUCAGUCCUGAGUGAGCAGCCUGAAAAUGGGACUUGCCAGUGCCACUGUAGGCACUUCAUCCUCCAGAAGACUAAGUAGAAAAGCUUUUGCAGUACCCAUAGUAUAGAUAAGGUACAUAAAAUACCUUCAGCUCAGAACCUCUAGUGGCAUCUGGGUCUGUUGAUUCAUGCUUUAUCCAGCAAAGGGGCUGCCCUAUUGUAUUUUCUCCAGACUGUUCUUAGUGAUGUGAUGCUGGAGGAAGACAUCACUCUACAUAACUAAACCAGAACUGAAUCUCCUGUGAGGAUGUCUGUUUGGUAACCAGGUACCUCAUUUCAGCCAAAAGGCUGAAGAAAUACCCUUAUCCAAAUAUUUUUUAAAUGCCCUCUAUUCCCACCAAACCCAGGAUGAAUUCUGUAUGUCUCUUAUUGGUAAAACAAUCGGCAUCUGAAGCCCAUCACUGAAACUGUGGUCUCAUUAGGCCAGUUGUUAUGUAUACACAUAUACACAACCAGAAGGGGGUCUGACCUGCACUGGACAAGCCAAAUCACUUUAUCUCCUGAUGUCAGUAUCAAGCUCACAAUACACAGCUGGUCUGUUCUGGAUCUCUUUGAAAAAGCAUUCAUAUCCAAUAAAAACAUGAAGUGAUACAGGAGCCACAAAUCCACAGAUGAGCUGUACCAAUGGCCAAUUCCCAUUCUGCCUUACUUCUGCUCUGAGUUGCUCUGUGUUUGCAGGCUCUGUUUGCAACCAUUGGGCUUCAUUUAAAUUACUUGUAGUGCUGUGCAGAUAGCCAUAGCUUGUAUUAAAUCCACCAUGAGAAGAAGUUCUCCAGCACACAUGAUGUGUGAUAAAGGGUGAUCUAUGUUUCUGAGGUACCUGUACAAAAAUCUGUGAAAGGCUUGGUCUGUGGCUCUGCUUCCUCCCUCCCCAGCAUUUGACUGACUCCAGGACGCUGUGAUGGACACAGUAAGAGCUUGAUUUGUGUAGUGCCAAAUGUGUUUAUCUUCCUGGCAAGCCUGCAGCUUCUCCCCAGGGGAAGGUCUUGUGUCACAUCUUAUGUGACACAGUUCUGCUCGACAGGGCUGUGAUUUAAAGCAGUAUCUAGAAACUCCCUGUGUCUCCAGGGAGCAGGAAAAUGUGACUGCAGAAACACAGUCCCCAGUGCAGUGUGGGAGAUGCUGCCUGAAUCAGCUCAUGCCCUUCUCUAAUUAAUGAAAACCUGGACUUCUGUUGUCAUCUCCUGCUGAUUAAUCCUCUUCCCUCCACACCAGCAGCAAGCUUUCCUUCUUUCAGUUGGACUGUGCAGCCUGAGGCUUGUGGGCAGUGUGUGAGCCUCACAAGAUCCGCUUUCUGACCUGAAUUCCCAACCAAUAUCUAUUGCUCAGAGGGGAAACUGAGGCACGUGGUAGCAAGGCAGCAGACUGGCACUCUUGCAUAUGAGCUCUUCCUCCACUCACCACAGAGGACAAUGCUGUCUCACAUGUCCUUGUGCCAAGGGAAUUUGAGCUUUGAAACAUGCACACAGUGCUGUACUGCGUGAAAAGUGAAUCACCACAUGUAAAUAAAUCAUCAUCCAAUUUA